AUGGAUAUACCCAGCAGCGGUGCCAUAUUUACGCUGGGCAAGUCCCAUUUGGCGGAGAAUACGCAAAGCUAUUUCUAUAUAAAAAACGAUCCGGUCAAGCGUUUGAUAUCCGGUCCGCAUCAGAGUGCGGUUAUAUGCGAAUCAGGACGUCUUUUUGUUUGGGGCGAGAAUCACUAUGGUCAGCUGGGCAUUGGCGGACAUGGCAACAAAAACAACAGCAACAACAACAACAACAACAAUAACAAUGGCGAUAUAGUCAAUAAACCGACUUGCGUCAAAUCGCUUAAAACUUUGGGCUUGAAGAUAAGUGAUGCCGCCUUUGGGAACAAUUGGGCAGUGAUAAUGACACUUUCGAACGAGAUAUUUUUUACGGGUCGCAACAUUUUCCCCACGGACACCCAUGUGGCGCAGCAUUUUGUGGAUGCGGUGGUGGAGCAGCAGCCAUGUGCGAUUAUUCGAAAACCCUUUCGCCUCGAGGAGUUCGAUGAUUAUCUAUCAAAGAACGAGGAGACGGAUAACUUUAUUGCCCUGCAGGCGGGCAACGAGCAUUUUGUGGUCUUGACCACUAAGGGUCGCUUAAUUGGCUGCGGAUCGAAUUCACAACAGCAACUGGGUGAUCUGGAGGAGGAUUACGAUGGACAUCCCGUGGAGAUACGGCUGGAUGCACUGGUCCAACAGUUUGCCUGUGGCCCACAGUCCACAUUGGUGCUCACGGCCACCGGGAAUCUGUUUCUCACUGGCCGCCUCAAUGAGUUUGUCUUUCCCAAGUUUACGGAACUGCAGAAGAAUCUCUCCCAAAGCGAGCAGAUCAUCUUCAUGCACAUAUCGAAGGCCAGCGAGAUCUUCAUAGUGACCAAUGUGGGCAACAUUUAUCGCAGCUUCGAAUCGCUGCGAAAUAAGAGUUUGGUCUUUCAGCGAUUCUAUGACUAUGACAGCGAGGAGAACGGUCCCAUUUGGAAGAUGGUCAAGGGCUUCUCCUUCUAUGCGGUGCUCAGCAAGGCCAACAAGUUCUUUACCACCUUCUCGGAGAGUGGCCAUCAUCUGAAAACGUUUCGCGAGAUCUCCAAAUUUAAAAAUCUCCGACUGCUCGACAUUGCCGUCGGGGAUCAACACAUCUUGGUGCAGGGCCUGCCCAGAUCCUCCAAUAUGUCGGCUACAGUGGGUACACCCAUGGAGCCGCACAGCUACAUGAGUCGCAGCUUUGUGCUGCAGCCGAAGGAUCUCAAUGGCAAUACAGAGUUGCGUGGCGCCAGCGGCAAAAGUCUCACCAAGCAGAAGGCCUUAAAGGAGCCGGAAACGGAGCCGGAGACGGAGGCGGAACCGGAGGGGCAACCAGAACCGAAGCCGGAGACGGGGAAAGGACUCAAUGCAAUGGGUGCCGGCGUUGCAGUUGCAACCGCAGGCGUGGCCACACUGGAGGCAGUGAAGCACAUGUCCAAGGAAUACGAAGCGGACCCAGAACCGGACCCAGAACCGGAGAACAAGCCACCAUCAGAGCAGGAGGAAAAAUUACAAACUGAGAAUAUCAAUAACAAUGUGGAGAAAGCAGAUAUCGAAGGCAUUAAGACAAUGGAGGAAGCAGUAGAAGAUGUAAAUGGAAACACAGAAAUGGAAGAGCUCAAAAACAGCAAAGUGGAGCCGGAAAUAAUCAAGGAAUCGGUUCCGAUUGCAGCGGCAACAAGCGAAGCUAUGAUUGAGCCAGAUGCCACGGAACAAGUGGAACCCUCAGCACCGCCGGAGAGUCCAGAAACUCAGCAGCAGACAACAGCAGACACCGAUACCAAUAUAGCACGGUUGCCAACGCCACCAGUGGAAUCGCCAUCACCUCAGAAAUCCCCGACAGAAUCGCUGGGGUCAAGCAAAUUUCCAUCACAAGAGAAGCUGCCGUCGCAGGGCAGCCAAGAGAAGCAGCUGCGUCCACACACACCAUAUCCGGAGAGCAGCAAUACGAGCACGCCACACACGAUUAAGAGAACGCCCAUACGCAACUUCUCCUACGAGGCGGCAAUGCGACAUGAUGAGAUCGAACGCACCUCACCCGAACUCGUUGAUAGUCUGGACACCGUCGAGGAGAAUCCGUUGGCGGAGAGUGUGCAUCGCCAGGAGAUACACAUCUCAACGCCGACGCCACCAACCGAAGAGGAUGAGCAGUUGGCGGUGGAAAUAACAACCACCGAGGAUGCACUGGACAGCAGCAAGGUGGUGAAUGAGAUACGUUUCAUCAACAAUGGCAUCGAUGUGACAGCCAAGGUGGAAGAGCAAAUGCCUAAUACACCACCUGAAACACUGGCCGAUGCCGUUGAGGAUCUGGAGUCGGAGGGUGAGCAGAUGCUGCAAGAAAUGGAGCAGCAUGUGGACAAGGUGGUCAGUGCACAGAAGACAGAAGCUGAAAGCGUUGGCAAUGCCAUCGAAUCCAAACUGCUGGAGACACGCAACUCCGUGCAGACGACCAUGCAGAAAGCGGCCACAGGGGCACGCGAUGCCGUCGAAGCUGCCGGCGACCGAAUGGCGACGGGAGCACGCGACGCCGUCGAUGCUGCCGGCACGGGUAUGUCUCGCAUGGCAGAUGGCGUCCGGGAUACCGUCGAUGGGGCGGGCAAGGGUAUGUUUCGCAUGGCGGAUGGCGUCCGGGAUACCGUCGAUGGGGCGGGACAGGGAUUGUUUCGCAUGGCGGAUGGCGUCCGGGAUACCGUCGAUGGGGCGGGUAAGGGAAUGCUUCGCAUGGCAGAUGGCGUCCGGGAUACCGUCGAUGGGGCGGGCCAGGGCUUGUUUCGCAUGGCGGAUGGCGUCCGAGAUACUGUCGAUGGGGCGGGCAGGAGUGUAGCCAAAGCGGCCGCCAGCACUAAGGAAUCGAUGGGCAAGGCCAUGGACUCGAUGACCAGCAAGAUAUCCAGCGAAAUGCAUGGCGCGAAAGAGAACCUAUCAUCGCUUUUUCAGAUCAAGGCAGCCAAGGAGCAGAAGCAGGGCACAACAACGCCCACAACGACACCGGUGCGUGAGGAGACGGCAGCGGCCCAGAAGCGAACUAAUGAGACGACAGCAGCCUCUGAUGAGGGCGAUGGCGAGGGCGAGGGGGAGGAAGAUGAGCGUACUACAGCAUCGGUGAACUCCAAUCACAAUUCCGCCGGACGCAAUGGAAAUGGCAACAUCUUCGAGCCAAUGAACAGCAAUAGUCAUGCUUUUGAUGACGAUCCACUCGAUGCGGUCGUGGAGCGUGGCAAGAAGGCAAUGCAGGAGGAGUUGCGCGCCCUGGAGGAGCAGCGCAAUCAGGCCCAAGGCAGCACCAAUAACAAGCAGCCGAAUCAGCAGCGCCGCCAGAGCACGGACAGCAAGGGGAUCGUCCAGCAGUUUUUAGAUGGCAUGCGUUUGUCAUGCCGCAACGAGAAGGCCGUACAAAUCGAAGAUGAACCGCAGCCGCCGCAUUACAGCAAAAACAAAGUGGACAGCGAGCUGAGUUUGCAGAAUGGCCAAAAUGCCGCACAGCAGCAGUCGUCGCGCGUGUGCACGAUUUUAUAA